GAAAAUAAGAAAAGAAAGCAUACAGAAGAAGUGGAGAAAGUGUCAGAAGACCAGAGCUCACCUGUCAUACAAGAACCUCCUACAAAAGCAAAGAAAGCCAGAAAGAAGGAACUUUCAAAAGCAGAGAAAAAAUUGGCAAACAGAGAGAGCGCUUUGGAGCAGGCAGACGAAGAAGAGGAGCAAAAACUGCUUCAAAACAAAGCAAAGCAAAAAAAGGGGGCUUCUCAUGCCAUCACCAAAAGUGUCAUUAAUUCAGAUACAGGCAUUACUGUAAAACAACAAAAGAAAAGAAAAGAGGCUGAUGACACAGUAAACAGAAGAACAGUGUUUGUUGGAAACUUGCCUGUCAACUGUACUGUUCAGGUGUUGAAAUCUCUUUUUAAAGAGUAUGGACAAAUAAAAUCCAUUCGAUUACGGUCUUUGGUUCCAGCAGAAGACACUUUAUCCAAAAAGUUAGCAGCAAUAAAACAUAAGGUGCACCCUAAUGCGAAGUUCAUUAACGCUUACGUUGUAUUUAAAGAAGAAUGUGAUGCAAUUAAGGCGCUAAAGGAAAAUGGAACAGAAAUUGCUAGUGGAUUUCACAUCAGGGUUGACAUUGCAUCAAAAGCCAGUUCACAUGACAAUAAACGAUCUGUAUUCUUGGGAAAUCUCUCAUAUGACAUCAGUGACGAUGCUGUGCGAGAACACUUUUCUGUCUGUGGAGGUGUAGUCGCAGUGCGAAUUGUGAGAGACAGACAGACCGGCUUGGGUAAAGGCUUCGGCUAUGUUCUCUUUGAGAAUACGGAUGCUGUACAUCUUGCUCUGAAACUCAACGACUCUGUUCUGAUGGGAAGGAAGAUACGAGUGAAGCGCUGCGGAGAGAAGUGGAAAGCCCCGCAGAAAAGUCCGAGUCAGUCUCGUGCUCCUAGGGACAGAGUUGAUACCACGUUAAAAACCAAGACGUGCUCUAAGGAUUCAUUUGUUGGUGAAAAAGCAAUCCCGUUAAAGAGCACUAAACCAAAAAGAUCAAAAACUAUUCCUAGAAAGAAAACUGGGAAAAACAAACAGCCUAUUCCUGGAAACAAAGCUAUUGAUGUGUACAGGCGUGUUCUGUCGCGAAUUGUGUUUGCUAACAGAGCCGCAGUCGUUACUGUUCACGCUGGGGUUUCUGGCUUCUCCCCAAGGCAGAACGAGGUGCGUGCCCGCACGCUGUCGCGGUACCGGCGCCGUGUGAUUCGGUUGCGGUGCUGCGGGACGCACCUCCCUGGUGCUGACGUCCUGCUGCUGACG